UGGGUAUUUUACCUUAAUUUAGAAAACGAAUAAGGAAGCCCAGCGAUAACAGUAAAAACAUCACCGCAACAAACCAUACUUUCUCUCUAAUACCCAAAGACAAUAUUUGAUUUAAUGGAGGUCCCUGGACCAGACAGCGACUGGAGAAGCCCACAGUUCCGACAAAAAGUCGUCGCACAGAUAGAGGAUGCGAUGAGAAAGGCUGGGACUCCACACUCAAAGUCCAGCACUGACAUGGAGAAUCAUGUUUACGUCAAAGCCAAAUCCCGUGAGGAAUACUUGUCUCUGGUUGCACGUUUGAUAAUACACUUCAGAGACAUUCACAAGAAGGCUCUUGGCGGUCCAGAUCCCAUGAAUGCCCUGACUAACCUGACAGGGGUUGGAGGGGGCCCGGGCACUAUUGGCAUGGGGCCUCGUCCCCCAGGUGCGCCAAUGGUUGGUAUGGGGCCCAUGGGGCAGAUGCAGAUAGGCCAGCAUGCCAUGGGAGGGGUGGCUGGAAACCCCCAAGCCAGAGGACCAGGUCAGUUACAGAUGCAGCAGAUCGUACAGGCCCAACAGCAGCAGCAACCACAACAACAACAACAACAGCAGCAGCAGCAGUCCCUCCAGUUUCAGCAGUUCCAGCAGGCCCAGCAGCAGAAUGCCAUGCAACAACAACAGAAUGCCAUGCAACAGCAGCAGACGGCCAUGCAACAGCAGAGCGCCAUGCAACAGCAGAGUGCCAUGCAACAGCAACAGAACGCCCUUCAACAGCAGCAGAACGCUGCCCUCCAGCAGCAGCAGUUCCAGGUGCAGCAGCAGCUGAAGAUGCAGCAGAUGCAACACCAACAACAGCAGCAGCAGCAGCAACAACAACAACAACAGCAUCAGCAACAGCAGCAGGCCGCCCAGAAUCAGCAACAACAGAGCCAGAUACACCCGUCGAGGAUCCAACAACAGCAGCAGAUAGUCCAACUACAGCUUCAACAACAUGCCCAGGCUCAGGCACAGGCCCAAGCGCAGGCCCAAGCGCAGGCUCAAGCCCAGGCUCAAGCCCAGGCCCAGGCCCAGGCUCAAGCCCAGGCCCAAGCCCAGGCUCAAGCACAAGCCCAAGCCCAAGCCCAGGCCCAGGCUCAAGCUCAGUCUAUCCAGCACAUGGUACAACAGCAGCAGCAGCAGCAGCAGCUACAUCAGCAGCAGCAGGUGCAAGCCCAGUCACAGCCACAGCAGGGGGCGUUACCCCCACACCCCCAGCAGCAGCAACAGCCUGGCAUAGUUCCCCAGUCCCUGCCAGCCCAGAUGCCUCCUGGUCAGCACGUGUCCAUAGGUUCCCUCAGCCAACAGCAACAGUUAAAGAUGCAAGCUCUCCAGGCCAGAGCAGCUCAGCAGCAGCAGGCGGCAGCACAAGCACAGCCCAACCCAGGACAGAUGAUGAACAGACCUGGGAUAACGAUUCAGCGAAUGCCCCGGGUCGCCCCCAACCCAACGCUAGCGACACAGAACCCUGGAGCCCUGGGGGGCCAACAGAUGCCUCAGCAGGUGCAGCAGCAGCAUCAGAUGAUGUCCUCGCCCUCCCCGGGCCAGACCCCCCAGUCGAUGCCCCCACCCCCGCAGCCAUCCCCCCAGCCCCCCACCUCACAGCCCAACUCUGUCAGUUCGGGCCCCACUCCUUCACCUGGAGGUUUUCAGCCAAGCCCCUCCCCCCAGCCCUCCCACAGUCCAGCCACAGCAAGAACCCCCCAGAACUAUGGGGUACCCUCCCCUGGUCCCCUCAACACACCAGGUAAUCCCAAUUCGGUCCCAAUAAUGAGUCCGGCAGGGGCCACAUCUCUGGAGGACCAGCAGUACAUGGAGAAACUCAAACAGCUGUCCAAGUACAUCGAACCCCUGCGCAGGAUGAUCAAUAAAAUUGACAAAAACGAAGACAGGAAGAAGGAUCUGAGCAAGAUGAAGAGUUUGCUGAACAUCCUCACUGACCCCAACACGAGGUGUCCACUGAAGACAUUACAGAAGUGUGAGAUAGCCCUGGAGAAACUAAAGAACGACAUGGCAGUGCCGACCCCGCCCCCUCCGCCCGUGGCCACCAAGCAGCAGUACCUGUGCCAGCCCCUGCUGGACGCCGUCAUGACCAACAUCCGCUCGCCCGUCUUCAACCACUCCCUCUACCGCACCUUCUCCCCCGCCAUGGCCGCCAUCCACGGCCCUCCCAUCACGGGCCCCAGCAUCACAGGCCGUAAGAGGAAGCCGGAUGAGGACGAGCGGCAGACCAUUCCCAACAUCCUGCAGGGCGAGGUGGCACGCCUGGACAUGAAGUUCCUGAUCAGCCUGGACCCGUCCUUCUGCAGCAACAACGGCGCAGUGCACCUCGUCUGCAAACUGGAUGACAAGAAUCUGCCCAGUGUCCCCCCGCUGCAGCUGAGUGUCCCAGCGGACUACCCGGACCAAAGCCCCCACUGGGCGGACGAAGGAGAACAGUACGGUGCAAACUCGUUCCUGCAGACAGUCCACAAGAACAUGACCUCCAAGCUGCUGCAGCUCCCAGACAAGCACUCUGUGACGGAGUUGCUGAACACCUGGGCCCAGAGCAUCAGACAGGCCUGCUUGUCUGCAGCCUAGCGCACAAAGACACACUCACACACACACAUAUAAACACACACAAACAAACAAGA